GAAGAUAAGAACUAUUAAAUAUAUGUAUGUGUAUAAACAAAAUUCUGACAGAUAUCUAACGUUCGGGAGCCAUAAUGUCAGGACUGUUGUUAUCAUCAAACUGGUGUUGUAUAGCAAUUGUAAGCAUUUUGUUAAUAGGUUUACACACAACUCUAGCAGAAUGCCCAGAUGGAUGGACUCGCUUUCAUGAUUCUUGUUAUUUCUUUGGACACCAUGACAUGACUUUCCUAGAAUCCACGCGUUUCUGUACACAUUACAAUGCUCAUCUUGUAAUCAUAGAAGAUGACGUAGAAAACAAAUUCAUUGCAAGCGUUCUUGAAGAACUAAACAGUAUUCGACACUGGAUAGGACUAACUGACGAAAUAAUUGAAGGGACAUGGAAGUGGUACAGUACAGAUGAGGUGGCGAAAUAUACAGACUGGUAUCCAGGGCAACCCGAUCUCGGGAGUAGAGCUAAUUGUGCGAAUAUCUAUAGUUCCGCACCAUAUGCCUAUCACUGGUUAGAUGACGAGUGCACGUAUAAAUUUAGGCCCAUCUGCGAAAGAGGGUUAAACACAGAGUCUGUAGUCGUUGGCAAGUAGAAUCUGCUGCAGUAAAUACACGAUUUGUCAAUUGACUUUUAAUAUAUUUGUGGUUAUGUUUCAUUACCAUGAGAAAAUAAAUUAACUAGACACAGA